AUGCCUUCAUCAGUUUUAUUAGCCAUCACAUUCCUCGUUGUAGUAUGCUCAGCUAAACAUCGAUACGAUCGAAGCACACGAGAAAGCCUCACCGAAUGGAGAACCACUGAGUGUACCAUGUUGAAUGGGGAGCAGACUGAACCAUGUCCGUCACCAGGUGCAAACGGAGAUUGGCCAUGUAUACGGUAUUCCGAUCUUUGCAAUGGGCUACGAGAUUGCCCAAAUGGCGAAGAUGAGUCGCCAGUGCACUGCCACUUCCAUCACUUGGAUCACGAUAAGUCUCUGUCGCGUGCUCCCAAUUACUGGGAAUGGUGUUACGUCAGUUCCGUAUGGGUACAGCUGGCGAAAAGCGGUUUAUCAUUCCUUGGACGAUGGCAGGCUGGUAUCAUUGGCUCAGCCGGGGAUCUCUUACACAUUAUCCGUCUGACCACUGAUUGCUCUGAGGGGAGAAAAAUCCUGUCUGGAAAUGAAGUAGCCGUCAAGACAGUCAAUAGUCAAUUACCACCACAGACGGAAAAGAUCGAUUUGGAAAUGACGGAAACAACUGCCAUAUCGGGUUACUGGGUGAAUAGAGACAUCACAAAAAGGCGACAAUUCGGAUGA